UCCCCCCGCCAGGACCCCGCUGGGAUUUUUGAGCUGGUGGAAGUGGUUGGCAAUGGCACGUACGGGCAAGUCUACAAGGGUCGGCAUGUCAAAACGGGUCAGCUGGCAGCCAUCAAAGUCAUGGACGUUACUGAGGACGAAGAAGAAGAAAUCAAACUGGAGAUUAAUAUGCUAAAGAAAUAUUCUCAUCACAGAAAUAUUGCAACUUAUUAUGGUGCUUUCAUUAAGAAAAGUCCUCCAGGACAUGACGACCAACUGUGGCUUGUUAUGGAGUUUUGUGGAGCAGGGUCUAUCACAGACCUUGUGAAGAACACGAAAGGGAAUACUCUGAAAGAAGACUGGAUAGCAUAUAUCUCCAGGGAGAUUCUCCGGGGGUUGGCACAUCUUCACGCCCAUCAUGUGAUUCACAGGGAUAUCAAAGGGCAAAAUGUGCUGUUAACAGAGAACGCGGAAGUGAAACUUGUGGAUUUUGGUGUGAGCGCUCAGCUGGACAGGACAGUUGGCAGGAGAAACACUUUUAUUGGAACUCCGUACUGGAUGGCUCCAGAAGUUAUUGCCUGUGAUGAAAAUCCAGAUGCUACAUAUGAUUACAGAAGUGACCUUUGGUCAUGCGGCAUUACAGCCAUAGAGAUGGCAGAAGGAGCUCCCCCGCUUUGUGACAUGCAUCCCAUGAGGGCACUCUUUCUGAUACCCAGGAACCCUCCCCCGCGGUUAAAAUCCAAGAAAUGGUCAAAAAAGUUUUUCAGUUUUAUAGAAGGUUGUCUAGUGAAGAAUUACAUGCAGCGACCUUCUACAGAACAACUCUUGAAACAUCCCUUUAUACGUGACCAACCAAAUGAAAGGCAAGUCCGAAUCCAGCUUAAGGACCAUAUAGACAGGACCAGGAAGAAGAGAGGAGAGAAAGAUGAGACAGAGUAUGAAUAUAGUGGAAGUGAAGAAGAAGAGGAGGAAGUGCCUGAACAAGAAGGAGAGCCAAGCUCCAUUGUCAAUGUGCCUGGAGAAUCAACCCUCCGACGUGAUUUCCUGAGACUACAGCAGGAAAACAAGGAACGGUCCGAGGCCCUUCGGAGACAGCAGCUGCUGCAGGAGCAGCAGCUCCGUGAGCAGGAGGAGUACAAGAGGCAGCUGCUGGCUGAGAGGCAGAAGCGCAUUGAGCAGCAGAAGGAGCAAAGGAGGCGGCUAGAGGAGCAACAAAGAAGAGAACGGGAAGCUCGAAGGCAACAAGAGCGUGAGCAAAGGCGGAGAGAACAGGAAGAAAAGAGACGUCUGGAAGAGAUGGAGAGGAGGCGUAAGGAAGAGGAAGAGAGAAGAAGAGCAGAGGAGGAAAAGAGGAGGGUAGAAAGGGAGCAGGAGUAUAUCAGGCGACAGCUAGAAGAGGAGCAGCGGCACUUGGAAAUUCUACAGCAGCAGCUGCUCCAGGAGCAGGCCAUGUUACUGGAAUACAGAUGGCGAGAGAUGGAGGAACACCGACAGGCGGAGCGACUCCAGCGCCAGUUGCAGCAGGAGCAAGCCUACCUCCUGUCGCUGCAGCAUGAUCACAGCAGGCAGCAGCAACAGCAGCAGCAGCAACAGCAGCAACAGCAAGAAAGAAAUAAACAAAGCUAUCACACCCCCGAGCCAAAAUCCCACUAUGAGCCUGCUGAAAGAGCGCGUGAGGUGGAGGAGAGAUUCAGAAAAACUAAUCAGGGCUCCCCUGAAGCACAGUCUAAGCAGAUGGGCAAAGUGUUGGAGCCACCAGUGCCUUCAAGAUCAGAGUCCUUUUCCAAUGGAAACUCAGAACCUGCUCAGCCUGCCCUGCAGAGGCCGAUGGAACCCCAGGUACAGUGGUCCCAUCUGGCAUCUCUCAAGAACAAUGUUUCCCCUGUCUCGCGAUCCCAUUCCUUCAGUGACCCUUCUCCCAAAUUUGCUCAUCACCAUCUUCGUUCCCAGGACCCAUAUCCACCUUCACGCAGUGAAGUGCUAAAUCAGAGUUCUGACUCUAAGUCGGAGGUACCCGACCCCACCCAAAAGGCUUGGGCUAGAUCAGACAGUGACGAGGUGCCUCCAAGGGUACCUGUGAGAACAACGUCCCGAUCACCAGUCUUGUCCCGCCGUGAUUCUCCACUGCAGGGUAGCGGGCAGCAAAAUAACCAAGCAGGUCAAAGAAACUCCACGAGCAAUAUAGAGCCUCGUCUGCUGUGGGAAAGGGUGGAGAAGCUUGUACCAAGACCGGGCAGUGGCAGUUCUUCAGGUUCAAGCAACUCCGCAUCAUCCAAAUCAGAGGGUUCGCCAUCACAGCGUCACGAAAGUGCACCUAAAAAGCCUGAAGAGAAAAAGGAAGUCUUCAGACCUAUCAAGCCUGCUGGAGAAGUGGAUUUAACUGCAUUGGCAAAAGAAUUGCGAGCGGUAGAGGAUGUGCGACCUCCACAUAAAGUGACGGAUUAUUCAUCCUCAAGUGAGGAGUCAGGGACAACAGAUGAGGAAGACGAUGAUAUGGAACAAGAAGGAGCAGAUGAAUCUACUUCUGGACCAGAUGAUGUCCGAGCAGUGUCAACAUUGAACUUGAGCAAUGGUGAAACAGAGUCAGUGAAAACCAUGAUCGUCCAUGACGAUGUGGAGAGUGAACCUGCCUUGACUCCUUCUAAGGAGGGCACCUUAAUUGUCCGACAGAGUACAGUUGACAAAAAGCGUGCCAGCCAUCAUGAGAGCAAUGGCUUUGCCGGUCGCAUUCACCUCUUGCCAGAUCUCUUACAGCAAAGCCAUUCCUCCUCCACUUCCUCCACCUCCUCCUCCCCAUCCUCCAGCCAGCCGACACCCACCAUGUCCCCACAGACACCCCAGGACAAGCUAACUACUAAUGAGACUCAGUCCGCUAGUAACACACUCCAGAAACACAAAUCUUCCUCCUCCUUUACACCUUUUAUAGACCCCAGAUUACUACAGAUUUCUCCAUCUAGCGGGACAACUGUGACUUCUGUGGUAGGAUUUUCUAGUGAAGCAAUGAGAUCAGAGGCAAUAAGGCAAGACCCUACACGGAAAGGAUCAGUUGUCAACGUGAAUCCCACGAACACGCGACCACAGAGUGAUACCCCAGAGAUUCGCAAAUACAAGAAGAGAUUCAAUUCUGAGAUACUGUGUGCUGCCUUAUGGGGAGUGAAUUUGUUAGUGGGCACUGAAAGUGGUUUGAUGCUGCUAGACAGAAGUGGUCAGGGGAAGGUUUAUCCGCUCAUCAAUCGAAGACGAUUCCAGCAAAUGGAUGUACUUGAAGGGCUGAAUGUCUUGGUGACAAUUUCUGGUAAGAAGAACAAGUUGCGAGUCUACUAUUUGUCCUGGUUAAGAAAUAAAAUCCUUCACAAUGACCCUGAAGUAGAAAAGAAACAGGGCUGGACAACGGUGGGUGACCUGGAAGGCUGCGUGCACUAUAAAGUUGUUAAAUAUGAAAGAAUCAAGUUCUUGGUAAUUGCAUUGAAGAGUUCUGUGGAAGUCUAUGCAUGGGCACCAAAGCCAUACCAUAAAUUUAUGGCCUUUAAGUCAUUUGGAGAACUGGUACAUAAGCCAUUGCUGGUGGAUCUAACUGUAGAAGAGGGUCAGAGACUAAAAGUAAUCUAUGGCUCCUGCGCUGGCUUCCAUGCCGUUGAUGUGGAUUCAGGAUCAGUCUAUGAUAUUUAUCUACCAACACAUAUCCAGAGCAGCAUCCAACCUCAUGCAAUCAUCAUUCUCCCAAACACGGAUGGGAUGGAACUACUGGUCUGCUAUGAGGAUGAAGGAGUUUACGUCAACACGUAUGGAAGGAUCACCAAGGAUGUGGUUCUGCAGUGGGGAGAAAUGCCAACUUCAGUCGCGUACAUCCGAUCCAACCAGAUUAUGGGCUGGGGAGAAAAAGCUAUCGAAAUACGAUCAGUGGAAACUGGACACUUGGACGGUGUGUUCAUGCACAAAAGGGCACAAAGACUCAAGUUCUUAUGUGAACGCAAUGACAAGGUUUUCUUUGCCUCCGUACGGUCAGGUGGAAGCAGUCAAGUCUAUUUCAUGACCCUUGGCAGGACUUCUCUUCUGAGCUGGUAGAAGCGGUGGGAUUUGGCGAGGAAUUGCUGACAUCCAGAGUCUGAGAUCUUCAUAACUCGGAAUUAUUUUCAACUGGAGUACAGACCUGCACGAAUGCAGCACUCUGUGUAAAUGUGUGUGCAGGCAUCACUGGUGUUAGGUUUCUUUUUGUUUUUCAACCGAGGCUGCGAGGCAGCUGGUGCUGUAAAGAUAUUGCCAUCAGGUGCUACAGUGUCUUUGAGAUUUGGGAUCACGCUAGAAAGCUACAGGUCUUCUUUUCCCUUCAGCUCCAGGAUUCCUAGGCUUUGAAGGACUCUGUUUGUUAGUGUUAAAACAGAGAGGGGGAAAAAAAAAGGAAAAAAAACCCAGACUUACCAUGAACAUGCUGUUGAGUGGACAGGAGGCAGGCAAGAGAAGGUGAGAAGUGGUGUAGAGAGUCAGGCUGGCUGAAACAGAGGGCAGAUCUAGUCUAGUAAUGUUAACAAUGUAUUUAAUUGACAUUUCUUUUUUGUAAUGUGACAAUAUGUGGACAAAGAGGAAGGUGGAGGUUUUAAGAAGUUAAUAUUUAUAAAAUGUGAAAGACACAGUGACUAGGAUAACUUCUUUUUGGGGGCAGGGAGGGUGGGAA